UCCCCUCUGUCGGUUUGUUUCUUUCGAAAGCAUGACAGUAUUACCUGAUUUCGACCCCUACGAAGCGUUGGGGGUAUCCAAAGAUGCGACCCUGGCUGAGAUCAAAUCUUCACAUCGAAAACUCGUAUUGAAAUGUCACCCCGACAAGAUCAAGGACGAGUCGUUGCGCAGUGAGGCCCAGACCCAAUUCCAGAAAGUACAGCAGGCGUACGAGUGCCUGUCCGAUGAGACAACCAGGGCCAAGUAUGAUAACAAGGUGAAAUUGGCCGAACUGAAGCGCGAGAUGGCGGCGCGCGGCGCUUCAUAUACUCGUCCAAAUACGCGCGAGUACCGCGAUGGACGGAUCUACGAAGAACGAGUCCCCGCCGAUGCUCGAUCGUCUUCCGAGAAUUUCUUUGAAGAAGAGGGUCGCUAUACCGAGUCACCACGACCUACGUCACGAAAACACGCUGAGUAUGGUGCGCGCCCACGUUCGAGGGCCACCACCGAUGAGAAGAGGAGGUCGUCCAAGGCUGCGCCAUCGUCUAGUGCUGCGCAUGCCGCCAAAAAGGAGGCUCGCGAUUCCAGAAAAGCCUCCCGAGCGGAUCGGGACAAGGUCCGAACCAAGGAACGGAAACGGGAGAGCCACGAUAAGUACAUCCAUAUUAUUGAUGUCGAUUCCGACGACUCUUCAGCCAGCUCGGAGGUGUAUUUCAUACCUGUAAAGAAGCCCUCCGACAAGCGAUAUCGAGAUGCGAAAACCAGACCGACCGAAUCAGUUCCUCGAUCUUCCAAGGCUCGUUACCGUGAUGAGGACGACUACGACUCUGAUGAUUACAAGCACGAUAAGGUUGAUGUGCUGUCUUCCCGUGCGACUGAUUAUAUUCGCCGUUCAAAGGAAACCAUUCCCGAACCUGAUCGACGCCACCGCUCGUCUCGCUCUCCUCAUGGUUACGAGUCUGGAGAACAUUCAGGUCGAUCAAGACGAUCUACCAGACCUCCUACGUCUCACCACAGUUCUUAUGAGCAUCUUGACCAUGCUCCACGAACUGUUCCCUCAAUGCCCACCGCCUCAACGUUCCCCGGCCCGCAAACAUCGCAUCACUCCCGGUCUUCGGGCCAUGUACGUUCUGAUUCCCGUACUCGCCGGACGGAGCACGUCUACCUCGCUGAGAUAAGAACGUCAAAACUGCGAGGUGAGAGGUCCGACUCGGGCUACGCGAGCUCAAGCCCAACUCCAGAGAUCCCUGAGAUUUCGCCGAAAGCCUCGCGCUAUAAGACUGGGCCUGAACCAGUUCUCAUAGAGCCCAGGUCACAGGGACCACCACCACCGCCGCUUUUGAGACACUCAAGAACAUACUCGCCGCCUCGUCAAGAUCGGCCGAAUAUUGUGAGGAGCACUACCUACACUUACCCUGUCGACUCGUCGCAGUCCUCUCGCCGACCGCUCUACCGGGAACUCGAUCCGGUAGAUGCACGCAUCAAAGAGAGAGAGUUAAGGCGAGCAAGAGAUGUUCAGUACAUCCCUUCUGCGCAUGCUGCACGCUCCUCCGACUAUACCCGGCCCGUUGGCUCUGGACGACGGACAUCUGCUUAUGCCUAGAACUACAGUUUGAUAGUUUCGACCCCUACUUUUAUCUUCAGCCUCGUGAUUUAUCUCUCACCCCAUGACUCUACGAUAACGCAUUUUACCCGGUUGCAUACUCAGGUUAUCUUUAGACAUUGAUUCGGUCUGCACUCAGACACCAUCUCACUUAUAGAGAUAUUAUCAGUAUGAUGUUUUCUCACAUUUUUCUUUCUCAGCAUCGUUUAUUCCGUCCAUUUGCUAUAUCUGGCGCUUAAUCGGUUUACUUUGGAUACAUAUAGUUCUUAUCAUUUUUGUUUUAUGUUUUAUUUCGGUGAGUUCGCAGGGUGGGUUAACUUGGUGGCCUGGGGCUCAGGACCAGGAGUACUGUUUACAUCGGUUUGUCUAUUAUCUUACGACUACCAUCACUACUUUAGUAUUCAUUAACGACAGCAACGACUUACAGCCACGAGAUUAGGAUCAGUUUAUCCUAGCUAUUUAUUGCAUUGAUUUUAUAGUGU